GACGGUUCCGCGAGCAGAAUUUGAACUAACUGGCGGACUCCCGAGGACGUCGACUUCAACAAUGACUUCUAAACAGACAAGCUCCUUGUUGCCUGUCAGGAAGAGACUCCUCGCUGGUAGCAGCAGUGACGUGAGCUGCAAGAGUAGUCGCAACAUCACUCCACCACGCAAGAAGCCUUGUAACCAUGCAGCUUCUGUGGUUGCGCCGAACAAUGCCACCAAACGGCAGGCUGCUGUUCCAGGGAAAGAUCAGUUGGCUGUGCAGAACAAAGUUGGCAGAGCUGCAACGGUGAAGCCUAUUCCUGCUGGAGUGACUCGGAAACCAUUAUCUCAGUCCACAGUGGUUUCCAGAGGAGGGAAUGUGAAAAUCAGUGUUGCACCGCCGGGCAAGAAAACACAUGUGGCACAGAGACAGCCCAUCGUCACAAAGAGGCAAGACAAACUGCAGGAAAUCCAAAAACAACUGCAGUCCUCAAGCCAGGAGAAUGAGGCGCUGAAAGAUUCGCUCGCACAGUCCCGCAACCAGAACAGCCAACAGGAAGAAGCCAUCAAGAUGCUCCAGAGCCAGAUCAGUGGCCAGGAGACGGCACUCACUGCAGUCCGUGAUGCACUGGCACAAGAAUCUGUUGCAAAGCAAGCGGUGCAUGCAGAACUGGCCAGCCUUGCAGCGGACCACAAAGCCCUGCAGCUGCUGCGGGAUCGGCAGGCCGCCGAGCUGGACGCUCUCAAUUCAAUGCUGAAGGAAACGCAAGAGAACGUGCGCUCUUUGGAAGACUCUCUCGCGGAAGCCAUGGAUAAAAUCCAUGCUGGUGAGAUGGAGCGUCGUGUGCUUCACAACACCAUCCAGGAGCUGAAGGGAAACAUCAGGGUCUUUUGUAGAAUCCGUCCACCACUGGGAGGCAGCGCCCUGGGUGACCACAUCCGGCUCAAAUCGGAGGAUAAUAAAUCCCUCUCGCUCUUCAAAAGAGAGGAGUCUCUGAUUGGGAAAUCCACAGACUCGCUCACCAACUACGACUUCAGCUUCGACCGGGUGUUUGGCCCAGAGGCGACGCAGCAGGAGAUCUUUGAGGAGAUCUCCCUGCUGGUGCAGUCGGCACUAGACGGAUACAACGUCUGCUGCUUCGCCUACGGUCAGACAGGAAGCGGGAAGACCUAUACUAUGGAGGGGCAGGAGUGGGAAUCCCGGGGGAUGAUUCCGAGAGCUGUGCAGCAAGUCUUCAGCUCGGCUCAGAAGCUGGAGUCUCAAGGCUGGAAGUUGACUUUCACCGCAAGUUUCGUCGAAAUAUACAACGAGACCCUGAGGGACCUCCUGUGUCCCGGGAGGCAAGCCAAAGAGGUCCAGCACGAGAUCCGUAAGGUGAAAAAUGACACCAAGGUCACAAACCUGACGUACAAGGUCGUCACCCAUGAGGAGCAGGUCUACGAGCUGAUUGACUUGGCGAAACAGAAACGCUCCACGGCGGCGACGGCAAGGAAUGAGCACUCGUCUCGCUCCCACUCGGUCUUCCAGCUGGAAAUCGAGGGAGAGAACGCUGGCAGGAAAUUGAAAUGCAAUUCCACGCUGUCACUGGUGGAUCUGGCUGGCAGCGAGCGAAUGCUCAAGAGUCAGGUACAGGGAGAACGCUUCAAGGAGAUGACCUCAAUCAACGGCUCGCUGACCAGUCUGAGCAUGGUCAUCGGAGCGCUGGCCAACAAGGAGAGCCACAUCCCUUAUAGAAACUCCAAGCUCACAUACCUCCUCCAGACCUGCCUGGGUGGCAACAGCAAGACCCUGAUGUUUGUCAACAUCAGUCCAGAAGCCGACUGCUUCAGUGAGACUCUGAACUCCCUCAGGUUUGCCAGCAAGGUAAACAACUCAGUCAUUGGCUCGGCAAAUGCAAACGUCAAGUGAUGUGUUUAACAUCAUGCUUUUUAUUUUUUUUUCUCUUUUUGUUAACCUCUCCACUAAAAUAACCAUGCCUCUUUCAAUAGCUGGUGGUCCCUUGUUGACAAGUUGUUGUAAUUUCAAUAUUGUCAAUAUCAUUUUUUUUUUUUUGUCUACUUCUCCUGUGCUAAUAAAGGCAUUUUUUUACG